AUGCGAAUGACGCCAGCUAUUGGGUUAAGCAUUCCCCAAUCUGUCCCGAAAGGUGGUCCGAGGAGGGAAGGCAAGUACUAUCCGGGAGGAAUUGCGGGUUCUGUCAAUGGCUGGGUUGUUCAUCGUGACAAGUUGUUUGAAGACCACGUUCUAGUGUUCCGUCCGGAACCACGACUGUCCGGGGAUGUCAUGGAAAUGAAGAAUUUUAUAGGUAUCGGUCAUCUCUGCAUUGGACAAAAUGUUGUACUAUCUGAGAUCAACAAGAUCACACACUAA